UCCCCCAUUGCCCAGCCCCGGAGCUCCGCCGGCGGCUCCGGUCACGGAAACAACGGUUAUAACGUUCGGGUGACGGAUAAAAAGCCCGGGGUGGGACCGCGGCGGCGCGGAGCGGAGCGGGGGGCGGCCGAGGGUUAAGACUGAUCAAGGCCAUCGUCCCACGGCCCAGCAAUGGCACCCACACUGGCUACCGCCCAUCGCCGGCGCUGGUGGAUGGCAUCCACAGCCAUCAUUGAGAACCUGCUCUUCUCUGCUGUCCUGCUGGGCUGGGGCUCUCUCCUCAUCAUGCUGAAAGCAGAAGGGUUUUAUUCCUACCUGUGCUACGAGUCUGAAAACACCACCAGCAGCCCUGACCAGGAGAACAGCACAGAUUCAGAGCUCAAAUGGCCUUCCUGCAAUGCCCAGGAUGAAAUGCUCAACUUGGCUUUCACCAUCGGGUCCUUCCUGCUCAGCGCAAUCACGCUGCCACUGGGAAUUGUCAUGGAUAAGUAUGGACCUCGCAAGCUCCGGCUGCUUGGCAGUGCCUGCUUUGCUGUGUCCUGCGUGCUGAUCGCGUACGGUGCCAGUAACCCCGACUCUCUGUCUGUGCUGAUAUUCAUUGCACUGGCUCUGAAUGGCUUUGGGGGGAUGUGUAUGACCUUCACAUCGCUUACGCUGCCCAACAUGUUUGGUGACCUUCGUUCCACGUUCAUUGCUCUGAUGAUUGGCUCCUAUGCUUCCUCUGCUGUGACUUUUCCAGGAAUCAAGGUUAUAUAUGACUUCGGGGUCUCCUUCAUCCUUAUUCUGCUGGUCUGGGCAAGCUGUGCAGGACUAGUUUUCCUCAACUGCUUCUUCAACUGGCCCCUGGAGCCCUUCCCAGGACCAGAAGACAUGGACUACUCGGUGAAAAUAAAGUUCAGCUGGCUGGGAUUUGACCACAAAAUCACUGGGAAACAGUUCUACAAGCAAGUGACGACUGUGGGGCGCCGUCUCAGCGUGGGGAGCUCCAUGAAGGGCCCCAAGGAGCCAACAGCCUUGCAGGAGAACAACAAGCUCUGCCUGUCCACGGUGGACCUGGAAGUGAAGUGCCAGCCUGACAAUGCAGCUUCUCCCUCCUUCAUGAAGAGUGUCUUCAGUCCUAUCUUGUUGCUCAGCCUUAUCACCAUGUGUGUCACUCAGCUGCGGCUCAUCUUCUACAUGGGAGCCAUGAAUACCAUGCUGGAGUUUCUGUCUGGAGAUGAAGAUCAAGUGGCUCUCUACACUUCCAUCUUUGGGGUAUUGCAACUGCUGUGCUUGCUGACAGCGCCUGUGAUCGGGUACAUCAUGGACUGGAGGCUGAAAGAGUGCGAUGAUGGCUCAGAAGAGACUGAGGAGAGCAACGCUGAGGAAAGUGACAAGAAAAAGAAAAAGCGUGAUCGUCAGAUCCAGAAAAUCACCAAUGCCACCAAUGCCUUUGCAUUCACAAACGUCCUCCUGGUUGGAUUUGGAAUCACCUGUCUUAUUCCCAAUUUACCAUUGCAGAUCCUGUCCUUCAUUUUGCACACAAUUGUGAGAGGAUUCAUCCACUCAGCUGUGGGAGGCCUCUACGCAGCUGUAUACCCCUCUACCCAGUUUGGCAGCUUGACAGGGUUGCAGUCGUUGAUCAGUGCCCUCUUCGCCCUUCUGCAGCAGCCUCUUUUUAUGGCAUUGACGGGACCUUUGGAAGGAGACCCUCUCUGGGUGAAUGUUGGCUUGCUUGGUAUGAGCUUAUUGGGCUUCUGCCUUCCAAUCUACCUGGUCUGCUACAGGCGCAGGCUAGAGAGAGAAAAAAAGCAGAAGAUGGAGGAUGCCAAACUCUUCUUCAAAAUCAACGGCACUCCCAAUGAGGAAGCCUUUGUUUAAACUCGUGCUUCAAAUACAACCUCCCCUGUACAGGUUCCUACCACAUCCGUGGGUUCUACCUGUGGUGUAAGCCAGGCUUUUUCUCCCCUGGCUCUGCCAGUCUUUGCUCAUCACUGGAGUGAGGGCCGGACAUCAUGACUGAGCUUUCCUCAGACACAUGGCAGGAGGAGACUUCCCACUCCUUACUCCAGAACACAGGACACUUUUUUUCCUUUUUAUAAAGGCCACACAGAUAUUGUGUCUUAAAUUAUCCCCUGAUCACACUCUCCAGUGGCAGAGCCUCUGCAUAGGAAACUGAGGAGAGAAGGAAUAGAGGGAUGGGGGAAGAGGGAAGAAUGACCAUAACUUGAGUUUGCAAAGGUAACACACUGAAGUCUGUUUUCUCCCCCUCUUCCUCCAACCUUGGCUGACAUUGUCUCUGAUGCAGGCUGCACGCUCCUCCCUCCCUGAGGCUUCGUAAUGGUCUUUCUGCUUGAUAUGUAGUUGGACCCAGUGGUUUUACUGUCUAUCCAGAUGUACCUUGGACUGUUCCUGAGGCAGGGAAGGGGAUUGUAUUCCUACGUGUAUGAGCACAGCUUCAGUGUAUUGCUAAAUGUUGGCUGCUAGCACUGACAGCUCCCAAACCUUUUAUUACUGCAAAUGACACAGACUGUGAGCAAUGGAUCUGCCUUCCACACUGAAAUGAAGAGCCUAGUGGACUGCUUGGUCCUAGACCAAGCCUUCAAAGGCCUGGAAUUCCUCCUCUUCCUGGCCCACAAACCACCUGUAUAUGUUUUAAACUGUCUGCAGUCCUGGAACCUUUGAGAUAGGAAUUGGAUCUCGUUUACUGAUGAAGUGCUUUGGGACUUGUUUCCUUUUGCCUCUUCUUCCCUCCAACGUGACCCUGGGAGGGGAGCAGCAGCAUGUACUUAAGGUGGAAAAGCUUCUUGAAGCUGAGUUCUGGGGCUCCAAACACCUUGGUGUUCACAUGUUGUGAGCUGACUUGCUGUUGAAAAGAACCAACGAGUGCAGAACACUCCUUUGUGUCUGGUAACUGGAUCCUGUGGACAUAUGGGUGAUGUGGUGAAGUGAUUCUUCCUCCAGCCAUAGCUUAUUUACACCCUUCUGAUAACAGCCCCCAACCUGAACACCAGGUUACUGUGACUGACCAAAAAGCUGCUGGUUUGGCUGUAUUAAGAGCCUUCUAUGAUGUUGAUGCUCUGUCUGGACAGAGUACAUGGUGAUUGAUUGUAUGCUGAAGCCGACUUAGAGCAAUACGUGUGGGUAAAGGUGCCCCAGGUCUGUUCACCAUGGAGGGAAUACAAAGGGAAUUUUUAACCUGCUUAUUUUUAUAGAGGUUUUCCUAAGUCUUGUCUAAAUUUGAUUUUUUUUUCUGCCCUUAACCUUUCUGUUGAGGUCGGUAGCUCAGCCUCUAUAGCCUUGUGACUAGCAUUAACCACUGCACCAUUUGGACUUGCUCAGAGCAGGAAGGUGCAGUGUUGAGGGUGGAUAUUGCCAGUGGGCACGCAGCAGCAAAUGCACCGGGCUGAGCCAGUGGCUGCAGGAAGGUUGGGGGCAGAAACAAAACAGUUCUGAAGAUGUAGUGGUGGUGUUUUCUGAACUGCUGACUCCUGUGGUACUGCAAAGCCUGGGGGUAAGUCAUUCAACUGCUUUACGUCUGCUUGGAAAAGUCCAAAACUCAGUCGCUGCCCUGUGAGUGCUGGGGAUGGGAAACAGCAGUGCGCUCGGACCUUCCUUUGGGAAAUUGCCUGGAAACUGGGUGUUAACUCCUUUACAGAUGGCUUGGAGCAUGCAGAUGCUCAGCCCAGCCAGGUCUUCACCCUUCCUAAUGAGCGGGCUUGGUGACCUCUUGGACAGGACGCCUGGAAGCCCUGCCAGCGGAGGAUGAGGAGGCAGCUUUGUGGGGCAGCAGCGCCAUCUCCAGCCAGCCUCCUGCGGGCAGUUCAGACGCUUCUCCACCCCAUGGUACCUCUUAGUCUUCAGUCACUCCUUUGGAAACAACUCACCACUUGAGUAUUUUACACGUUUGUGGAUUUUUUUUUUUUAAUGUGUUGCCUUUAUUAAAUGUGUUUGUUCCAAGACAGCCUUACUGCCUGCUGUCAACACUUCACUCUUGUACAACUUCUUGUCUUUUGUUGACCUCUAGCUUUGGUGAUGAGUUAGCCACUGUCUCAGCUUUCCUAUCUUUUGUGUCAAGCAAUAAUGAAGGAGGCAGAGUCUUGGUUCAUUUUCCUGUUCACCUGGCAUUGUCUCAAGUACAUGUUUGGAGACCACCAGCCUGCUGAGAUCUCCAAAGGGCUUUCUAUGGAUUUCUGCAUUUCAUAUUAUUAUACUUCUAAAUACUUUGAGUAGAUUCCUACUUGUGCUCUGAGAUUUGUGACAUGAUAAUGAUGGGUUAAAUAUAAUUUAUUUAUUUCUUUUAUUAGUGAGAGCUCAGACAGGUGAGUGUCUUCAGACUGGCAGUGUCUUAAAACAGAGACGGCUGUUGGUGUGCUGACUCAGCAUUACUUCCACCUCACAUUCAGAACAUCAAAUGUGAUAGCUUCCACUCUUUGGUCACUUGAAUUCCUGAUAUAAAUAUCUCUGCAAAAUGAUGGAAUAGUGGCAUGUUUUCAUGAAGUCACAGUGGAGAUGCUGCUGCAUUUGAAGUACGUGUAGAUAAAUUAAACAUCAUUUUACUUCUGCCAUCUACCUCCCUACUGCUGUCCCCAGUUCUCCCCUUUAUUUGGAAUAGCUUCUAACGCAGGUUCAUCUGAUAAAAUGGUGGAAAUAUGUGCUUAGUGUCCCUGCUGUGGUGGUUAGAAGCUGCUGGUCAGUUGUGAGGAGUUAGAGCCUCAUACCUUUGAGCUGGAGUUUCAGGCUCUGUUUGCAGAUGGAGAGUAAAGUGUGCCUUCAGCUGGCUGUCACCACGACUAGUGGGUACACAAGGAAGUUUUGGUUGUUCAGGGUGGAACAGACAAACAGAGUGCAGUGCAAAGUCAAAUUUGGGAAUUCAGUGCUGCAGAAUGUAGUGGGGAUGAGAAGUAUAAGUAUUUAGAUGAGAUAUUGGGACAGAAGUUCUGCCCUGUGAGGGUGCUGAGGCGCUGACACAGGGUGCCCAGAGAAGCUGUGGCUGCCCCAUCCCUGGCAGUGUUCAAGGCCAGGUUGGACACAGGGGCUUGGAGCAACCUGCUCUAGUAGAAGGUGUCCCUGCCCGUGGUUGGAGCUGGAGGAGCUUUAAGGUCCCUUCAUCCCAAACUAUUCUGUGAUUCUAUUUUUCAAAAUGGGGCUGGUUAAAAGUGGUCUGAUAUAUCUGCUAACUCAGGGAGAUUUUAAGUUGCUGUAAAUAAGAAAGUUAUGCCAAGGAAAAAUUCCUUUUCUAUGUGCUCUGUCUCUUAAGAAUUGGUCAAAGAUGGAGAAAAUAAAUGCUGGGCUAGGUGAAACACUGGUCUGAUGUAAUGGGAUUUCAUUUACUCUAACAGUUGUGAACCAAACUACUUUUGAAAAGCAGUCCCAAAUUUAUCUCUCAAAAACCUGUAUCUGUGUGCAGGAUGUGCAAAUACUCUACCAACUGUGGCACAACUGCUUAAACACUGCACCUCCUGCAGGGAUGGGCCCCUGGGAGGAUGGAGUAUUGUGGCUUCAGCCUCUUCUAUAUGUUGUCUUGUGUGGUGCAGAAGCAAAUGCUGUUGGGAUGAUCCUGUUACACAUGGUUGCUCAUGGGCAGCCUGCCUUGAUCUGUGAUGCUUAUGGAAAUGUAAUUGUGGAUUACUGGAGUUUGGAGUGGAAAACACAGCACUGCUGCUUUCUAGCCAAGUGAUGUGGGACCAAGAUAAUUCCUGAUGUGCUUUUCUAUGUGGCAUGAGCCACCUUGUGGAAAAAAAAUUAAUGGGCCACCAAAGUGUGGUCACGGGAAAGCUCAUCUCUGUAGCAGUAUCCCCAGCUGGGUGUAAUGAAGCAGAAACCUGGUAUGCGAGUACUUGCUCACAAUAGAAGUCCUCGGAGUCAAGAGUGUUGCUCUGUAAAGGUGACUGCACCUCUGGAAACACUGCUCCUGGCCUCUACAGGCUUUAAGAUGAAUGUAAUAUGCAUCCAUAUUUAAACAAAGAAUUAAACUGAGUGGGGAAGGGAGGGUGACAGCUUAUUCCUUUUACUAAUCCAUCAGUACCAUUGACAGAGUCUUCAUAGCACCCAUGCUGUCAAGAGUAGCAGACAUGGGUGCUACUCUUUACACACAGAGUAGCUGUGUGUCCUGUGCUCCUUUGCUUAAUAGGGCACUUACAGCUUUAUUCACUUACUGUCAUAGAGUGUCAGGAUCCUUGAGAUGAAACUGGACACAGAUGUCUGCAAAAACAUAAAAGAGGCAAUUCUUGCUGAGAUUCCCAACUUAACUGCAAUGCUGCUACAGGGAUUGAAAUGUUCCACUCCCACAACAAAGCCUGGCCUCUUCAUGCUCUGUCUACAAAGGAAAACUGUAGGAUAAUGAGAUUUUAACGAAGUCAGUAUACCACUAACAUGUUUUAAAGUGGGAGAUUUCCUUCUUGACAGGCUGCUAAUUUGGAAAAUAUGCCACAAAUAUAAAGCAGAUACUGUAGGGUAAAAAGAAUGAAAUCUUUAAAAUGACAAGUUUUGAGGGUUUGUUUGUUGGGUUGGUUUGUUUUUCUUUGAGUCUUUUCUGUAUCUGCAGAGCUUUUGGUAUUUCCCCACUUCCCAGUUUAGAAAUGCAAAGUACUCAUAAUAGAAAUGAGUAUUACAGUAGGAUUCCUGAUGGGAAAGGGACUGCUUUCUUAAAUUAAAAUACAAGGCCACUUGUGAUUUAUAUGUCACCAGGUUAUCUUCUGUGGACUGGCUGAAACAAUGAUGUGUUAUGUAGCUGCAUUCUUACAUGUUAAAUAUAAACCUUACAGGUCCUUGUUUUUCUGCCUGUCUCCGUGCAAUCUGUUUUUAUCAUGUCCUGUGCUCCAUGUUGUCAUCCUUCCCCCUUCUGCUUGUCAAUUCCUUGUGCCUGAUUCUCUGUCACUUUUCGUUCCUGGGACAAUCCCCUUUUUCAGGAAGCCCUCUCUUUUUAACCUGACAGCUUUAGCCUCUCCCAAUGCCUCCUGUUCACAAAAUUGAUGUGCUGUUUGUCAAAGUUGAACUGUAAGCUCCUCAUGGCAGGCCUGUGUCAUCUCUGUGUGUGUAAGGUGAUGUGCACUCUUGCAGUAAUAUCUACAAAUAAAGGUGGUAUUAAGUUAAUCACUAGUUUUCCUUUUGAGGCUGAAUGUAAUAAAGGUAUUGCUUAGUUCUUAA